AUUUGUUAUGUAUAAAAAAUAAAACGAUCAUCCAAAAUAACGUUAUAGGAAAUAGAUCGUCGAAGUUUGAGACUUAGGGCUUGCGAGCGAGAGAGAGUGAGAUCUUCAGGAUCGGAGAUGGCGGAUGUUCUGCGGAAGCUAUUGGACGGUGGAAAAUUAUCCGACGAAAAUUGCCGCUUGGUUUUGCGUGGGUUGGGCAAACAAGUCGAUGAGCUGCAUUUAUCCAAAAACAAAGCAGUCGAUGAAUGGUCAUCUGACGAAGAAGAAGAAGUUGACGAAGAAUAUUGUCGCCAAGUAAAGGAAUCUCUGGGUUUCGAUAUCGAUAUGAAUGUUCGUAUACCAGAAUGGGGAAUUGCACCAUAUGAGCUAGGCGAUUAUGAACCACCUAUAGACAUUUCUCUUUAUGGUCGCUUGGGAGUUCAUUGUUUCAACUUUGAGAAGGGCAGGAAUUUACUGGUUAUGCGAAUACCUAAAUACAAUAUUGAGCUUGUUCAAACUAGGGCUUACUAUAUAACAAUGGAGGUGGAAGAUCUUGCUGAUAAUUCGUCGGUUCACAUUUUUCAGACCUUGGUGACAAGAUGUUUUCCCAGGAACAACGCAUCCUUAGUAGUCUUUACCGGAAUCUGCAGACUUAAACCCGAGAUACCAGGUGAAGGAGAUGCUGAUGCUCGGUUGGAUGAGAAAGCAAUAUAUGAGUUUUACAAAGGCUCUAUGCCUGACUUUUUGUCCGAGACAAAACUUGAUGAUAAGCUGAGAUUCUACGAGGUUCAGGAGCAGGAUAUAUGUGAAAAUGAUUGGCUUCGUCUAUAUACCGAAUUUGCACUUUUCUGCUUUUGGUGGUUUAAUGAGGAUGGAUUUAAGUUUAGUUUGCCUGUGGAGAUGAAGAAGAUAAUUGUGGAAACCCGUGAAACUGAUGGAGAACCGUGUCAUAAGCUGAAGUCUGGUAAUGCCAUCUUCUACAUAAACUUCAGGGCCAAGAGCCGUGACUACAGAUCGGUUGUAAGGAGAACAACGGAUGGGAAAACAGGGCAUAUAAUUCUCGAAAUUAAUUGCUGGGACGAUCAACCAAGCCCCGCCUUGACCGCAAAUGCUACCAAAUAAAGGCUUUAAAAACUAAUUUACUCGUUUUCAUCUGUUAAUGUUGCCAAACCUUAUCAUGUCGUUUACUAGUGUACUACUUUCUUAUUCACCUCUUUAUGAAGGCUUAUUUAUGUUAGAUCA